UGAGUGGCAGUGGCAGCUGAGCGGUGGGGGCGUGCUUCGUUCAUUUGAUACAUGCACGGAUCAUUGGGGGGGACCAUGAACCAUCAGCCAUGGACCAGAUCACUUUUCAUCAUGAUACCGUGCUGUCAGACGUUCACAUGUUCCUGCCUAAUGCACGCCACCUUAUGACACGCCUCAACCAUGUUGGACAGCCGGUCUUCAUCUCCAAAUUCAGGAUCUUGUCAGGUGUUGAAAGGCAUGACGACAACAGUGAUCCACGGAAAAGUGUAGAGGAAGAGAAACACGAUGAUGUGAGGGAAGACGGGGAGCAAGACACAGAUGUCACCAAAGAAGAAGCUGGGGAGGAAGGAGCGGGAGGAAGUGUGGAGCCGAGCCUGGAUAAGGACGGAGACCUGGAUGUCACACACAGACCGAGGAGAAACCCUGUGGAGGACAGCGGCCGAGACGUGGUCUGUCCCGUCAUUCUCAAACAGUCCGACCCUGGACAGGAGGAAGAAGAGGAGAGCACGGAUAAUGAAGAUGACGAGGGCUUCAAAGAUAUGAUCAGGAUUGAGCACACCAUGGCCACGCCCCUGGAGGAUGUCGGUAAACAGGUGUGGCGAGGGGCGGUCCUCCUGGCUGACUUCAUCCUCUCUGAGCCAGUCAUGUUCAGAGGAGCUACUGUGCUCGAGCUGGGGGCGGGAACAGGCAUAACCAGCAUCGUCAUGGCAACCAUAGCCAAAACAGUGUACUGCACAGAUGUGGGAGAAGACCUUCUGAGCAUGUGCAAGAGAAAUGUGGCAUUAAACAGACACAUGAUGGAGUCUGCAGGUGGUGAGGUGAGAGUGAGACAGUUAGACUGGCUCCAGCAUGACCUCUGUACAGAUGCCGAUGCUGAAUUUAGCUGGACAGAGGAGGAAGUAGCUGAUCUGUACGACAACACCAGCUUCAUCAUCGCUGCUGACGUCUGCUACGAUGACGAUCUGACCGACGGCCUCUUCAGGACUCUGUACCGACUCUGCAGUAACUUCACUCACGCCUGCACGAUCUUCAUCUCCAUAGAGAAGAGGAUGAACUUCACCCUGAGACACAUGGAUGUUUCCUGUGAGGCCUACAACCAUUUCAGCCUCUGUCUGUCCCAGCUCCAGGACCUGGUGGAUGGACGCUGCAGCUUCAGAGUGGAACAGCUUCCUUCUAACUUUGCACAGUUUCUUCUGUAUGAACGAAUAGAGCAGCUGGAGCUGUGGAAGGUGACCGCCACUCCGCUUCCACGUGACCAGGCUCAUUCUCAUUCUGAGGUGCUCUCAUCUUGACCUGGACUCAGAUCAGAGCAGUGUAACACUUUACUGUCCCCAGAAUCAGACCUACAAUGUGCUGCAGAUAACUGAAGGUUUGAAACAUAAAACAUAGACACUCAAGGCAGCAGCUGCUGCCUGAAUAAAAUGAUGUCAUUUAGUACAUUCAACAUAAAACAGGCAUUUCGACAAGUAGAGAUUGUCAGGGAGUUUUAAAAAAGGCUCACUGAGUCAUUGUAUGAAUGUAGCAUUAUUUAUUGACCGUGAGGAAAGUACUUUAACUUUGUUGAUGGAACAAA